AUCAGCUGUUAAAGCAAAACAAACGGACCGGCGGCAUACGCGAAUGGUAAUUGACCAAAUAAUUCACCUGUAAAUUUGAGAAGGCAUCAUACAAGGCGCAUCAAUAUAUGUAUGGAUGCGCCUUGGGCAUUAUAUAGGACUUAUGGAAAUAAAUUUACCAGGUAAAACAGUCGGCCGUCAUGCAUGCACCAACUGGAAGAUAGAAACCUUCAACCUACAUACCGAUAUAAUACGCCCAUGCGAAAAUGUUUUCUAACUAAAGAAUCCAACUAAGCGUCAACUAUUUUGGACUGUAACUAAACAAACUCUUAAUGGAUGCCUCUAAUUUCGUAAGAAAUAUGCCAAAAAUUGAGUUGCACGCCCACCUCAACGGCUCAUUAAGUACAAAAUCCAUAAAGGAAUUGGGUGAGCUGCUUUAUGGUGGUAAUACUAUAGAAUUCUUAAGACUCAGUGAACAAUUCAUCAACUUUGAAAACGUUGAUCUAGAUGGAUGUUUUAAGAAAUUCCAUUUUAUGCACGAAUUGACGUCAACACAGAAGGGUCUACAAUUAGCCACUAAACUAGCUAUUCGAGAUUUUUCCAAAGAUAACGUUAUAUAUUUAGAACUACGAACAACACCCAAACGAAAUUCUGUAAUGUCCAAGCAAGAGUAUAUGGAAUGCGUACUGAGUGCUAUAGAUCGUUCCAAUAAAACUGAAAACAUUCGUGUAAAUCUUAUACCAUCUAUCGAUAGAAGUAAAGAUUUUGCUGAAGCGGAGGACACAAUUAAUGUUAUAUUACAACUACGGAAUAAAUAUGAAGACAUUAUUACUGGUAUCGAUGUUAGCGGCAACCCUAAUAUUGGUGAAUUCGAGCAAUUCAUACCUGUUCUGGAGAAAGCUCGAAAGAACAAUUUAAAGUUGGCACUGCAUUGUGCAGAGAUUGAUAAUCCUUUGGAAAUUGAGAAAAUGAUCAAAUUUGGAAUGGAUCGGUGUGGACAUGGCACGUUCCUGAGUGAAUUUCAAUUGCGUGAGCUAGGAAGAAAAAACACUGUUAUUGAAUGCUGUUUGACAAGUAAUGUCAAGUGCGGCACAGUGGGAAAUUAUGACGACCACCAUUUUAGGCGCAUUUUCCAAAAUAAGAUAGCACCUGUAGUUAUAUGCACCGACGACUGUGGUGUGUUUGAUACUACUUUGUCAAAAGAAUAUGAGCUGGCAAAGAAGAAUUUCAAAUUAAAUGACGAUGACUUGUUGCAAAUAACUUUGAAUGCCGUGGAACAUGCGUUUAUUAAAGAUAGUGCCAAGCUAGAGUUGCGACAAAAAGUUCAACGGUACUUUGAAGCUGUUCCGUAGUUUACGUUUAAGAAAAAUAUGUCGGGCAGAUUAUUCAAUUCACUUCCGAGUGAAUUUAAUUAAUUGGGUAUGAAAUUCACUCUGAAGUGAAUUGCAGAAGCUGUUUGUAUAUGUUUGUAGAUACAUAUGUAUUUAUAUAACAUAUUGAAG